AAAUCCUUUCCCACCCGUCCCCCCAACCUUUCCCCACCACCCCCCCUCUCUCUCUCUCUCUCCUUUCUCUCCCCUCUCUCUGGACAACCUGCAAUCUGCAAUUUAAAACUUUAAAAUUUAAAAUUCAAAAAACUAAAACACCAUUCCACUGUCAUCAGCCCACUUAGACACCAUUCCACCGUCAUCAGCAGGUUCAUCUAUACCAUCCUCAAAGAUAUAGUACAUAUUGAUGCACUACGUUCAUGCCGCCGACGUCGAGCGACUCAAGCUGGUCGAAUCCGGAGGUGGCCGGACCAAUGGUGCAUACGAGCUUGGUGCGCCUGGUGGAGAGAAAUUCGUUCUCCCGGAGCUCAGCUUCGGUGACGGCGUCGACCUCGAUGGAGCUGGAAAGAGCAUGGUCGGCUUGCGAAGAAGAGGAUUGGAGCCCUGAGGAGGAUGUGCCGUUGUCGGUGACGAGAACUGAAGGCUCGCAAUUGGGGAAGGAAGCUAUGAUGGAGAGCUUUGGGAAGACAGGGGAAGCGGUUAUGGUGGUGGUGGUGACCGGCAACCGACGAUUGGACUUUGCAUCUCGCAGUGCGUGGUCCUUGGAUUUGGGAGGACGGGUGGGGAAGGGUUUGGUGGCUGUCGAAGAGAAGAAGAAAAAGGGUUGGUGCGGGUGGAGGAAAGGGAAGGCCCGCAUAGAUUUGAUGCGCUUGACUUCUUCGAAAGAUUUAGAGGAAAGAGCAUCAUGUUCGUUGGAGAUUCAUUGAGCCGAAAUCAAUGGCAAUCCUUGACAUGCAUGCUUCAUUCAGCUGUACCAACUGCUAAGUAUAAUGUGAUAAGAGUAAACGAUGUAUCUAUCUUCGAAUUCAUGGAUUAUGAAGUUAAGGUGAUGCUAGACCGCAAUGUAUAUCUAGUAGAUAUUGUAAGAGAAAAGAUUGGGAGGGUCUUGAAGCUUGAUUCAAUUGUGGGAGGCAAGUUAUGGAAGGAUAUUGAUAUGCUCAUCUUCAACACUUGGCAUUGGUGGAAUCGUAGAGGACCCUCCCAACCAUGGGAUUAUGUUGAAGUAGAAGGUCAGAUGAGCAAAGACAUUGACCGGAUGCUUGCUUUUCAGAAGGCACUCGUGACUUGGGCUGGAUGGGUGGAUUUAAACAUUGAUCCAGCGAAGUCUAGAGUUUUCUUCCAAGGAAUUUCUCCCUCUCAUUACAAUGGCAGUGAAUGGCAUGAACCAAGUGCGAGAAGUUGUGUAGGGCAGAAGGAGCCUUUGCUUGAGUCGAUCUAUCCAGGAGCUUUACCACCAGCUCUGGGUGUGCUGAAGAAUGUGUUAAGCACAAUAAAAAAGCCCGUGACAUUGCUAGAUAUAACAAACCUCUCACUCCUGCGCAAGGAUGGACAUCCUUCAAUUUAUGGGUUGGCAGGCCGCACAGGAAUGGAUUGUAGUCAUUGGUGUCUUUGUGGAGUCCCAGAUUCUUGGAAUGAGAUUCUCUACAAUUUUAUUCUUUAAAACAUUCAAUAUUGAAAACCAUCGAAAGGAUGGAGAUUGGACAAGUUCUUGGAAAGAAAUGAUAUGAUUUUAAAUGAUAUUCAAAUUUUUACGGAUUA